AUGCUGCGCCGCCUCGCACCAAGUCUAGCUCGGCCGCUGGUCGUCUCCCGCUGCGUGCCCGCGCUGCCACGCGCGCUGUCCACGACGCCCUACUUUGCAAGGCCCUCGCAGGAUCCCGGUGGGAAGCCCAACGACGGCAGCCACCGCACCGUGUACGACGACUUCCACAACAUCCUCGACUCGUCGCUGAGACCCUCGCUCAGCAUACACAGCACGUCGGACGAGACGUUCACGCUGCAGGACGGUCUCGUCCUCUCGACGCCCAUCGUCCUGCUCAACAACCAGGUCUUCAUGUGGAAUGCUCCGCCCCUAGAUCCCAUGCGCGCCACUCCUGGUGGUCUAGGGUGGGAUCAGUGGUCCGAGGAGGACGUAUGGAGGGUGUUUAAGAUGGUCGAUGAUCGUCCCGAGAUCCUCCUCUUUGGCACGGGCAAGACGGUCCUGCCGCCUCCGGCCUCGGUCCGCAAGCUGAUCAACGACCUCGGCAUCCAGCUCGACGUUCAGAACACGAGAAACGCAUGUUCGACGUUUAACCUGCUCGCCGAAGAGGGUCGCAAGGUGGCGGCCGCUCUCCUUCCGCCAAAACGGACUCCGAUCGAGAAGGUCACGCCGCAGCAGCUCCAGAUGGAAGAGUCGGAUUACCUCCAUUGA